AUGUCACAUAUAGUAGACCAUAACAAAAAAAGUGUAUUAGCUUUAUUACUCCCUUCAGGAUCGAGAUUACCAGCAUUGGUCUUGAUAGGGUUAUGGAUGUUUUAUUUACAAUUAAAAAUUUUAAACAAGAAAUUAUUAAAUUUAAAUAAUUUGUUAUGCUAUGAUUAUUCUGCACUGGGUAGUACUGGUACUAACGAUGAUGCAACACAUAUGAUUUCCAGAUAUAGAAAACCACUAGUGAAGGCCACCAAAAUUGUAAUAAUAACUCAUGUAAUCUAUAUUUUUAUCCUAUUAAUUGAUAGAAGCAAACAUUAUUUUGAUACAACUGAUGAUAUAGUCUAUAAUUCCACCAUUGAAUCAUUCGCAUUUUUAAUCAAUCUAACUCCAUUGCUGCAAAUAAUUUGUAUUUUAUAUUUAACUUGUUAUAUAAACGCCUCAGACUUUAUGAAACAUGUAUUAAAAAAAAUUAUAAUGGGUUGUCAUAUUGAAAGUGGGUCUUCAAGAUUAUUGUACAUUUUAGUAAGUGAUACCUUAACAAGCUACAGCAAAUCAAUUGUAGACUUUACCAUGUUUAAUUUAUUAAACCUUUUCCAGCCAUAUUCCAAUGAUAUGGAAAAAUGGCUUAUCUCGAUUGUAUCUUUAAUUGUUGGAGUUAUUCCUAGUACUAUUAGAUUUGUGCAAUGCGUUAGAGAACACCAACCUUUCAAUGCAAUCAAAUAUGGGAUUCAUUAUCCUAUUCUUUUUUUAACUAUUAAGAAGCUCGUAUAUUUGAUUGAUCAAGGCAAUAUCGACAAAACUUAUAAUAUUGAAAUGAUGCUAGAUUGGGUAUUUUUUUUACAUGCAAUAUAUUCCUUUUGGUGGGAUUGUACUAUGGACUGGGGGUUAGAACUAUGGAACUUUACCAGUAAUAAUAAUGUCAGUAGCACCUGGUUAAGGAACUCAACUAGAUUCUCAAAUAAAACAUAUUGCGUAAUAAUUGUUGUUGAUUUUAUUUUAAGAUUUGUAUGGUUUUGGCAAUUAAUUUUUUCUAUUUCGCUGGAUCCAUUUUUACUUCAAUUUUUAGAAAUUUUCAGGAGGUGGCUAUGGAUUUUCUUAAGGUUAGAAUAUGAAUCAUGGAAUAAUUUAUAUGUGUCUAAGGAAUGA